AUGGCCCCGGAAGAAUUUCAAACAGAGAUCAAGUACACAUCAGCUGCCAACGUAAUGAACAAGCGCUACCAGGCAGUGGCAGGUUGGAACAUGGCCGAUACCCCAAUCGUGGUCAACCUCGACGACACCGCUAUCAUGGAGUCUUCUGAGUGCCUCAAGGUCGCAAUUCGAGCUUUCAGUGACCCAAGAGUUGGAUUGAUCGCAACAACAAAGUGGGUAGAGCGUGUCGAAGGAAACUCCUUUGUGGCAGGAUUCUGGAACAUGAUAGGCAACCUCUACCUCACCCGCCAUACCUUUGAGAUCAUCGCAUCGUUUUUCAUGGACGGCGGGUUUUUUGUUGCUUCAGGCCGGUUCAAUCUUAUACGAAGAAUUAUUGUACAAGAUGAACGUUUCCAGAAAGAAUUCUUGGAUGAGUACCUAUGGCAGGGUUUCUUCAAGCGUCUCGUGUGGCUGGGGAAACGAAGCUCAGGCUUCCAAUCGUUCUUCGACAUGCUCUGCAAGAAAUUCGAGUGCAUUACUUUGCGCGGUAUCGGGCCAGUUCAAGCUGACGAUGAUAACUUCAUUUCGCGCUGGGUCAUUAACGAGGGCUGGAAUGUUGCGGUUGAAAGCUCGCCUGAAGCGAGAAUCAUUACUCGACUGGGUGGAAUGGAUCUGGAAUCCUCCAAGCUCUUGCCCGCCAAGUUUCUCGAUCAAUGUCAUCGCUGGAGCCGCACAACCUUGCGACAAAACCCCGAGGCACUCCUUUCCGACUUGACCAUUUGGAUGAAGUGGCCAAUUACAACUUGGAUGACCUAUAUUCCGUGGCUCUACAACACAGCACUGGCAUGGGACUUUGCUAUUAUCUGGACGUUUACUCGGACGACAGUUUAUACCCAGUCUUCACAUCGCGUAGGACUUUUGACCAUUCUGAUCCUGUCUAUCUGGGGAACGAAGUUGAUCAAGGUCAUACUAUGGUACUGGUAUCAUCCCCAGGAUUUGCGGUACAUCCUUUUUCAUGUGGCGUUUUCAUACUUUCAUUCGCUCAUUAAAUUUUACACCAUGGCCACCGUUGGUGACUUGAGUUGGAGUGGACGCAAGAAUGCAGGACAGUCGAAAUUAGACACCAAGAAGGAAGGCUAA